GACUGUUCACUGGAAUUCUGAGAGCUCAAGUUGUUUGGGAGAAGCUGUUUCUCUAGGAGCCUUGAGGAAGGGACUUUUAUUCAAACUUCAGGACACCAAACUUCAGGAUACCACAUGAAAAGAAUCCUUAAUGAAAUAGCCAAUCUGGGAAACAAAUCAAGAUCUCUAGCUGAAGAUGGCUUUCCAUGUGGAAGGAUUGAUAGCCAUCAUUGUGUUCUAUCUUGUGAUACUGUUGGUUGGGAUAUGGGCUGCUUGGAAAACCAAGAACAGUGGCAGUUCAGAAGAACGCUGUGAAGCGAUUAUGGUUGGUGGCAGAGAUAUAGGUUUGCUAGUUGGUGGAUUUACCAUGACUGCCACCUGGGUUGGAGGAGGUUACAUAAAUGGGACAGCUGAGGCAGUUUAUGUACCAGGUUAUGGUUUGGCUUGGGCACAAGCACCAAUUGGAUACUCACUUAGCCUGGUUUUAGGUGGUCUGUUUUUUGCAAAACCCAUGCGUUCCAAAGGGUAUGUGACAAUGUUAGAUCCAUUUCAGCAACUCUAUGGGAAGCGCAUGGGUGGACUCAUCUUUAUUCCUGCCCUAAUGGGGGAAAUGUUCUGGGCUGCAGCUAUUUUCUCUGCCUUGGGUGCAACCAUCAGUGUGGUUAUUGACAUCGAUAUGGAAAUUUCAAUUAUUGUGUCUGCCUUGAUUGCAACUCUGUAUACUCUGGUGGGUGGACUCUACUCAGUCGCGUACACUGACGUCGUCCAACUCUUCUGCAUCUUCUUGGGAUUGUGGAUCAGUGUGCCUUUUGCAAUAUCACAUAAGGCUGUCGCAGACAUUGGGUUCACUGCUGUGCAUAAACUUUUCCAGGAGCCUUGGUUGGGAUCUAUUAAACCAGAUGACAUCUACACUUGGAUUGAUAAUUUUCUUUUACUGGCAAUGGGAGGAAUCCCAUGGCAAGCCUAUUUUCAAAGAGUUCUGUCAUCAUCUUCAGCGACUUCUGCUCAAGUACUAUCCUUCCUGGCAGCUUUUGGAUGCCUACUGAUGGCCCUCCCUCCAAUACUUAUUGGUGCAAUUGGAGCAUCAACAGACUGGAAUAAGACUUCUUAUGGUGUUCCAGGACCCGUAGAAAAUCAAGAAGCAGAUAUGAUUUUACCCAUUGUGCUGCAGCAUCUCUGUCCAGUAUACAUUUCUUUCUUUGGCCUUGGUGCAGUAUCAGCUGCUGUAAUGUCAUCUGCAGAUUCUUCAAUCCUAUCAGCAAGUUCAAUGUUUGCUCGAAAUAUCUACCAACUGUCAUUCAGACAAAAUGCAUCCGAUAGGGAAAUCGUCUGGGUUAUGAGAAUUACUGUGUUUCUUUUUGGAGCUGCAGCUACCACAAUGGCCUUAUUAGCCAAAUCUGUUUACGGACUCUGGUUUCUCAGUUCUGACCUUAUUUACAUAAUCAUCUUUCCUCAACUCUUGUGUGUACUCUUUGUCAAGGGAACCAACACAUAUGGUGCCAUGGUGGGAUAUAUGCUUGGUCUUAUAUUCAGAGUAACUGGAGGAGAGCCAUAUCUUUACCUGCAACCAUUGAUCUUGUAUCCUGGUCAUUACCGUGAUGAAGAUGGCAUUUAUCACCAGAGAUUCCCAUUUAAAACAUUUGCUAUGCUCAUCUCCUUCUUCACCAAUAUCUCUGUCUCUUAUCUUGCCAAAUACCUAUUUGAAAGUGGAACCCUGCCUCCCAAGGUAGACCUCCUUGAUGCUGUGGUUGCCAGGCACAGUGAAGAGAAUAUGGACAAGACAACUUUGGUCAAAAAAAAUGAAAAUAUUAAAUUAGAUGAGCUUGCACCUGUGAAGCCUCGGCAGAGUUUGACUCUCAGCUCAACUUUUACAAACAAGGAGGCCCUCAUGGACAUCGAGUCAAGCCCAGAGGGCUCCAGUACUGAAGAUAACUUACAAUGACUCCAGUGAAAUGAAAUACUGUUUCCCCAGAGAGGGUAUUUCAAUCACGUAGCCAACAGAGGAUGAUAUACAGCAUUUAAGGGAAAAAAUUAAGCAUAAGUAAGACUUCAUGAUGUUGUGUAACCAGAGUUAAACACCCCUGCAGCAAUCCAAGCCACAUCAAGAGGAAUGAGUGGGCAGCCUUCUAUGAAAUCAGUGACUAUGUUUGCCACAUUCAUUGUUGUUUCAAUAACAUUUCUAGAUAAUUUUACAAAUAUCCAGGAAUGGGGUCAUCUCCUAUUGGAAACAGACAGCAGCAAGGGGUUUGUAGAGUAUUUUGCAAAGUGUAUGCAUUUUACAGGAACCCCAGGGGGAGUAGAUGUUUACAAUUAAUUAGAGCAGCAGCUGGAAGAAAAUUGAUGAUCUCAAUCAAAGUCUUGUGAGGAGAUGACCCAUCCAGAAAAAUAAGUAGGCUUUCUUUUUACACUAAGUGAACAGCAUAAUGUUAUCCUUCUAAAUAGUGUCCUGAAUUAGCCACUACAUUGUUCUUGAAGUGAGGUUUCAAAAAAUCCUAUAAUGUCUAUCCAAUAUAGAAGGCUGAAAGUCUAUCACCUAUGUAACAUAGUUUUUUUUUUCAAUUAGGGAUUUUCAUAGGAAUGGCUGCUAACCUUUUGUUCUGAACCCAGAAUCCAGAUGUAAAUUCAUGAAUAUCUUCAAGUGGGUGUUUUCUGAUUUUCGAGGUAUUAGGCAAACAAAAUCUGCUGUUAUUCUUUGGUUCCCUGAGUAUGCCCACCACCAACAUCUAUUUAAAGGGUAUACCUAGAAGCAGAACAGAAUUAUUAGAAAACUUGGAAGCAAUAACUUGAGCUAGAAAUUCAACAAAAGGGGGUGGGGAGAGCAAUAGACAUUUAUGCUUUGCCUGAAGUAAAUAUAAUUUUGCCAUCAUGAAAAAGAACAGUUUCCGACUUCACUUUUGAAGUCAGUAUUGGAAGGAAAUAUCAAGGCAGAUGAACAUAAAUGUCAUUACUAGCACAGCUCAAGCUAAGCUUACUAAAAAACAAAUUAUUAAAUAAUUGUGUAUUCUACUAAAUAUUUUUCCUACCAGCAUUUCAUCUCCCAUGCAAUCAUCUUAAUAAUAAGAAAACUAGAAGACUUAAAAACUACCUAUCCUUGGAUUUGGGCUAAUGGUGCAUGGCACACUGCAGCAUUUACUCACUCCCAAGCUCAUUCUCCAAAUUGCGUGCAUAAUCACAACAGAAGAGAACCCAGUGCAUAUAAAAGCCAAGAUGAAAGGAGAGAAUCAGAAAAGUGGAAAUAAAUCCUGCUGCCAAAAGGAAGAAGCCAUCAAUUUUAACAUUUGAUGUUAUCAUAACUUUCAUGAGGUUGUUCAUUAUGUUAUUUUUGCUCCUUUUCUGGAGUUUUAAAAAUAAAUAUGUACAUAUUAGUAUAUAUGUAUACUUAUAUGCAUUCAUUUUGGAAUCCUAAAAUACUUUCUCCACAGCCACAUUUCAGUAGUAACAUGACUUGUUUGGGUAAAAGUUGGGAGCUGAGCAAAUAAACAGAUAGAAAAGCUGAAUCAUU